ACACACCCUGACUGCCACGAUGGCUCAAGGCACCGAUGGAAAAGGAAAACACAGGAGAGACUGACGCCGGGGCCGUUUGUUUGGGAACCACACCGGGGUCAACUGGGAUCAGGCUGAAUCUGAAACCUCAGGCACAGAUCGCAAAAGAGGAGUCACACCUCAACACACAGACCCGUAAACAACUCGCUUAGUUUGUGACCUUUGAGUGUGAAAAAGUGAAAAGAUAUCUGGAAUCUGACGAGAGACAAAGGACAGCAGUCAUGCCGGGCUCAGGAGGAGCAGACUCAAAGGGAGAGGAUUUCUCCACCGCCAUCCUAAAGCAGAAGCAGAGACCCAACAGACUCAUCGUGGAUGAAGUCAUCAAUGAAGACAGCAGCAUUGUCAGCCUGUCACAGAAUAAGAUGGAGGAGCUGCAGCUCUUCCGGGGGGACACAGUGGUGUUGAGAGGGCGGAAACAACGGCAGACAGUGUGCAUCGUCCUAACUGACGACACCUGUGCGGAUGAACGGAUCCGGAUGAAUCGCGUGACGCGUAGUAACCUGCGCGUCCGGCUUGGUGAUGUCAUCAGUAUCCAUGCCUGCCCUGAUAUCAAGUAUGGAAAAAAGAUUCAUGUUCUCCCCAUAGAUGACACCAUUGAAGGCCUGACUGGGAGCCUCUUCGAGGUUUUCCUCAAACCGUACUUUCUGGAGGCUUACCGGCCCGUACACAAAGGUGACAUCUUCCUGGUGAGGGGGAGCAUGCGAGCAGUGGAGUUCAAGGUGGUGGAAACAGACCCCAGCCCUCACUGCAUCGUCGCCCCAGACACUGUCAUAUACUGUGAGGGAGAGCCAAUCAAAAGAGAGGACGAAGAGGAGAACCUAAAUGACAUCGGCUACGAUGACAUCGGAGGCUGUCGAAAGCAGCUGGCUCAGAUCAAAGAGAUGGUCGAACUUCCUCUCAGACACCCGGGUCUCUUCAAGGCGAUAGGAGUUAAGCCCCCCAGAGGCAUCCUGCUGUACGGCCCUGCAGGGACAGGAAAGACCCUGGUGGCCCGCGCUGUCGCCAAUGAAACUGGUGCCUUCUUUUUCCUCAUCAAUGGGCCUGAGAUCAUGAGUAAGCUGGCGGGAGAGUCAGAGAGCAACCUAAGAAAGGCGUUUGAGGAAGCGGAGAAAAACGCUCCAGCCAUCAUCUUCAUUGAUGAGUUGGAUGCAAUCGCUCCCAAGAGAGAGAAGACCCACGGUGAGGUAGAGCGGCGUAUCGUGUCCCAGCUCCUGACCCUGAUGGAUGGCCUAAAGCAAAGAGCUCAUGUGGUUGUCAUGGCAGCAACAAACCGGCCUAACAGCAUUGACCCUGCUCUGAGACGCUUUGGCAGGUUUGAUCGUGAGAUUGACAUUGGAAUCCCAGAUUCGACCGGCAGACUGGAGAUCCUGCAGAUCCACACCAAAAACAUGAAACUGGCUGAUGAUGUCGAUCUAGAGAGGAUCGCCAUGGACACCCAUGGUCAUGUGGGCGCUGACCUGGCGGCUCUGUGCUCAGAAGCUGCUUUGCAGGCCAUUCGCAAGAAGUUGAUUCUAAUAGACCUGGAGGAUGAAUCCAUUGAUGCUGACCUGCUCAACUCAAUGGCUGUCACGAUGGACGACUUCAAAUGGGCGCUGAGUCAGAGCAACCCAUCAGCUCUGAGAGAGACUGUUGCAGAGGUUCCUCAGGUCACUUGGGUGGACAUCGGAGGACUGGACGAGGUCAAGAGAGAGCUACAAGAGCUUGUUCAGUACCCUGUUGAGUAUCCGGACAAAUUCCUGAAGUUUGGGAUGACGCCGUCCAGAGGCGUAUUGUUCUACGGUCCUCCGGGCUGUGGGAAAACCCUUCUGGCUAAAGCCAUUGCCAAUGAGUGCCAAGCAAACUUUGUCUCCAUUAAAGGUCCUGAGAUGCUCACCAUGUGGUUUGGAGAGUCAGAGGCCAAUGUCAGGGACGUGUUCGAUAAGGCCAGACAGGCAGCGCCGUGCAUCUUGUUUUUCGAUGAAUUAGACUCCAUUGCUAAAUCCAGAGGCGGCAGCGCUGGGGACGCAGGUGGUGCAGCCGACAGAGUCAUCAACCAGAUCCUCACCGAGAUGGAUGGCAUGUCUGACAAAAAGAACGUUUUCAUCAUUGGUGCCACAAACAGACCUGACAUCAUAGACUCAGCCAUCCUGAGACCGGGUCGUUUGGACCAGCUCAUCUACAUCCCACUCCCAGACAAACCGUCUCGCACCGCCAUCCUAAACGCCAACCUACGGAAAUCUCCCGUUGCACGUGACGUGGAUCUGGAGUACCUGUCCAACAUCACAGACGGUUUCUCCGGAGCUGACCUGACGGAGAUCUGCCAGCGAGCCUGUAAGCUGGCCAUCCGUGAGGCGAUCGAGGCUGAGAUCAAGGCUGAGCGUCAGAGGCAGAACAGACCAGGAAUUCCCAUGGAUGAGGAUUUCGAUCCAGUCCCUGAGAUCAGAAAGGACCACUUUGAAGAGGCGAUGCGAUUUGCCCGUCGCUCUGUCAGUGACAACGACAUCCGAAAAUAUGAGAUGUUUGCACAAACUCUGCAGCAGAGCCGAGGUUUUGGAAAUUUCAGGUUUCCCUCUGCUACUGGGACUGAAGGUCAGGGGUCAGGCUCUGGGUCAGGAAGGUCAAACCUGUACAGAGAAGAAGGUGAUGACGAUCUGUAUCAGUGACAGAACCCAUCAUAGAGCUGCACAGUGUUUUCCUCACUUACUGUUGUGCCAGUCUUUCCUGCUGAGAGGGAAUGGGGUAAUAAAUAAUGGUAAGGAUGGCAUUGUUUUUCAUGCUAAGCAAUAAAAUUGAAAACUAUCUGGCUCUA